ACACGGAAUACCUAAGUCCGCGGCGUUUAUAAGGGCGGCGCGGCGCGCGGCGCGCACAGUCCGACCCGGUGCGCUGCAUAGCGAGCUCGCCACGCUACGCCAUACCGUCCGUCCGUUCUUCCGUCUUUCGUUACACUACCUCUUUUACUCGGACAACAUGAGGGAAUGCAUCUCAGUCCACAUCGGCCAAGCCGGCGUACAGAUCGGCAACGCCUGCUGGGAGCUGUACUGCCUCGAGCAUGGCAUCCAGCCCGACGGUCAGAUGCCGUCUGACAAGACCCUGGGCGGCGGAGAUGACUCCUUCAACACCUUCUUCAGUGAAACCGGCGCGGGCAAGCAUGUUCCUAGGGCAGUGUUUGUUGAUUUGGAGCCCACUGUUGUAGACGAAGUCCGCACCGGUACAUACCGUCAGCUGUUUCAUCCAGAACAGCUUAUCACUGGCAAGGAAGAUGCCGCCAACAACUAUGCGAGAGGACACUACACCAUCGGCAAAGAAAUAGUCGAUGUUGUCCUCGACAGGAUCAGGAAGCUCGCUGACCAAUGCACGGGACUUCAGGGUUUCCUGGUGUUCCACUCGUUCGGCGGAGGCACCGGAUCGGGCUUCACCUCGCUGCUGAUGGAGCGCCUGUCUGUCGACUAUGGCAAGAAGUCGAAGCUGGAGUUCUCCAUCUACCCCGCACCUCAGGUCUCAACAGCAGUGGUCGAGCCGUACAACUCUAUCCUGACCACGCACACCACUCUCGAGCACUCAGACUGCGCAUUCAUGGUCGACAACGAAGCCAUCUACGACAUCUGCCGUCGCAACCUGGACAUCGAGCGCCCUACCUACACCAACCUUAACAGAUUGAUUGGACAGAUCGUAUCCUCCAUCACAGCCUCGCUCCGCUUCGACGGCGCGCUCAACGUGGACCUGACGGAGUUCCAGACCAACUUGGUGCCCUACCCGCGCAUCCACUUCCCUCUCGCCACAUACGCUCCCGUUAUCUCGGCGGAGAAGGCGUAUCACGAGCAGCUGACGGUCGCUGAGAUCACUAACGCUUGCUUCGAGCCUGCCAACCAGAUGGUAAAAUGCGACCCGCGCCACGGCAAGUACAUGGCGUGCUGCAUGCUGUACAGGGGAGACGUGGUGCCCAAGGACGUGAAUGCGGCCAUCGCCACCAUCAAGACCAAGAGGACCAUCCAGUUCGUGGACUGGUGCCCUACAGGUUUCAAGGUGGGCAUCAACUACCAGCCGCCGACGGUGGUCCCCGGUGGUGACUUGGCUAAAGUGCAACGCGCAGUGUGCAUGUUGUCCAACACUACCGCCAUCGCCGAAGCUUGGGCCAGACUUGACCACAAGUUCGACCUAAUGUACGCGAAGCGCGCCUUCGUGCACUGGUACGUGGGCGAGGGCAUGGAGGAGGGCGAGUUCUCCGAGGCGCGCGAGGACCUGGCCGCGCUCGAGAAGGACUACGAGGAGGUCGGCGUCGACUCCACCGAGGGCGAGCUCGAUGAGGAGAAUGAGUAUUAGGAGGUUACGAGGUACAUAAACAUAAGCGUUGAAAUUAAUCUAAAAGUUGGCAGGAAUCUACAAUACCCAUGAUUUUAAAGUGUUAUUUUAGUUAUUUGUGUACCCAAUGGUGGUAAAAAUAUAAAGAGCGACCUCUAGCGCGAUUGUGAUGAAAUAUCCUAUAUAGCCAAGCCACCCAGAAGCUUAUAAAAACAUACAUUGCAUUGUGUUUUGAAUCUUUAUUUUGACCAGUCAAAAUUAUUUUUUUCUUGCUUGGCGAAUAUUGAUUCGUGGGCGGCUAGAUGUUAGAAAGUCGACAAAAAACUGUAAAAUAUCUCAUUUUGAAUAUCCUUUAAAAUGAGGGUAUAUAUAAUUACCAACCGUACAGUGUGACAUGAAACAGUUGAAAUAAAAUAAAAUUGAACUAAACAAUUUCCAUACAAAAUUGUUGCCAUGUUCAAGCAUUUUACAUCAAAAAUUUGACAGUUACGAGGAAAGUGGCGUCCUCAUUUAUUUUCUACUAUUUUAUGAUGUGUUGUAGUCAACGCUUAUGACUCAUAAGUCUUAUAACUCCUACUUUAAUAAUAAAUAACAAAGGGAAUACCUAAUUUUAUUAUAAUUAAGUACCAUUGUCAAAUCACUUUGUAUUCAUCUUUCCUAAUUGAGAUUUUUUUAUACAAAUUGAAAAUAUUCCUUUAUUUUAGCGUCCAUUUAAAUUAUAUUUAAGAUAGUAUUAAGACUCGAGCUUGACUGAAACGCAAACAGUGCAAACUUUCGGAAAUUAUUUUGAAACGAAAGUUUGUCUGUUUUUUUUUUACUGCAUUUAUUAAUUGUAACAAACGUGAUAAUAUAAUAACGUGGAUUUAAUAUAGUUUAACGCUAGAGCUAACUUAUUCGAGUUCUUGAUUAUGUGGUGAGAAUUUUUGUACUUAGAUUUACGGAUGUUUUUAACGCACAAUAAACAUUUUACACAUU